CACUUAGAUUCUGUGUCUGGAGAAGAGAUGGUCAUGUCUUUGAAGGAUCCAAACCAACCUAUAAAGAAUCCUAAGCUCAAACUUGUUUUCUCUACCGUUUCUCCACCUAAGGACAAUGAACAUUUAAAUAUUGAAUAUGUUGGUAGUAGCAGUAGUGGUUUGGUGGCUGGUAAUUCAAUGAGUAAGAACCCUCGUAAUGCUGUUAAUCUGGAUAUCAUUGUGUUAAUGAGUAUCUGUUUGGACAAUGAUCAGCAAGUUUACUUUGUGGAAAUACCUGGUGAUGAAUCUGCACUAGCUGCAAAAGGAUUGGAACAUGUUAUCCCCAGAAGGCUGCCUAGCAAAAUCCCCUUGGACAAGGUGUUUAAUGGCUUAAGACUCAAGAGAGGUAGCUCAAAUAGCCCCACUAGUCCCACUGCAAAGAAGUUGAAGCCUAGUCCACUUUUAAGAUUGAAUCCUCUGCUACCCUUGCCUAGCCCUGGGAACGUAAAGUUUCCAUAAUCUGGUGAGAAAAAGAAAACACUAAAGAAGGGGAGACCUACUAGAAGAAAGCAAAAGGUGAGUCCUGGUUUCCAAAUUGAGGAAUCUCAGUUGUUCUAUGUGCCCAUUGCAUCAAGUGGCACCUUUGUUUUAGAGAACAAAAUCUGAGGUCUGAAGGGGUUGGUGGCCCCCCUAAGGCCACGGGGGUUCCAUGAUUCUAUUCAGCUAUUAUGCUUUUGGGAGGGGGCUGCCCUUGGUCAUGAAAUCUUUAAGCCUAAAGUAUCCUAGAUUAUUUCUUCAGUUAUGCUUUUGCUUUAAUUUCCUUCUUUUGUUAAAAAGUUUGUUUGCAAAAGAGAUAUCUGCUAGCAUGAGUUUGGGUCUGGUUUGGGUAGGUAGAAUGAUAGUAUGGCUUGCUUUGUAUCUUUGGAGGGGGGAUUCGGUGGAAGGAGUUGUUUGUUUAGUAGGUUCUUCUAUCACUAAUUCAAAGGAGCAAUGUUGAAUGUCUAAGCACUGCCGGAGGAUCUUCAGCCUCACUCUGCCUUCCUUUCAUCCCAAGCUCAUGAUACUUGCCUUCGUCUACGUCACCAAGACUUUGAAGACCUGCUUCUCAAGUCCACUCUACAUUAAACCACGAGAGGAUGUGCGACCUGUUGUUAACAGAAGUAAUUCCUUCCUUGCUUUCCUCUUCAUCUGCAAGCUUAGCAGCUCUCCUUUGUCGUUUUAUUUCAAGUGGUAUGUUUCUGUGUUACUGUUUUUGCUCAUGUUUUGUGUUUUGAUGGUCUGUAAGUUACCUUAUAUUUCUGGUUAAUAUAAUAGUUAGGAUUUA